CACCCCACCCACCCCCACAAACACCAAAAUGUCUCUCUCUUUCAACAAACUUGAAAAUCCACUAAAACAGUUAAAGAGUUGACUAGUUGAGUUAUUACAAAUCAAGAAUUGAUGCCUAUAUUUCCAAAUAUUUCUACCACCAAACUAUAUAUCCUUUGAGUAAUCUUCAAGUUUUCUUUGUAAAACCUCUCUUUUUUUCUACUUUUAUUCUUCUUUACUCAUUGAAAAAACACAACUCCAUAAAAAGAAAGAAAAAAAAAAGUGUUAUGGGAAAUCAUCAAUUCAUUUAUCCAAUUUUUAUCUCUUUUAUCACUACCCUUGGCCUUGUUUCCAUCUCUCUAUGCAUAGCUGCUGAAUUCAAGAAAACAAAGAAGGAAGAUCUGAGGUUUGAUGGGAAAUUGUGUUACUUGCCAAAAAGUGUAGCUUUUGAAUUGGGAAUUGGAGCUUUAAUUUGUUUAAUUAUAGGUCAAGUGAUUGGGAAUUUGUUGAUAUGUAGAAAUGUCUUCUCAAAGGAUCAUCAAAACAAUUCAAAGACUAACAAGAAGCCUACCGUUACUGGCCUCAUUUGUGUUAUCUCAUGGAUGAGCUUUGUGAUGGCAACAAUUUUAAUAGGAACUAGCAUUAGCAUGAGCAAAACCCAACCACUUGGUGAAGGGUGGCUGGAUGGUGAAUGUUACAUAGUCAAUAAUGGUGUCUAUAUUAUUUCAGCUAUUUUGGUAUUUAUAACUUUGAUCACAGCACUUGGUCCCCUCAUCUUCAAAAUAAGAAAGAAGGACCAAGCACAAACAAGAUGGCAAAAUACCUCAACAAGUUGAAUAGAUAAAAGAAAAAAUAUAUAUACAAAUAGAUGAGAAAUUAAAAUGCAUAUAGACUUUCUUAGCAAACAACUUUUUUCUUAUUCUAUUUUUAUGAUAGAGAUAGAGAAUCAAUGCUCUCCAACCUCCUAUAAAAAAAGCACAUAACAUCCAACUUCCAUAUACAAAUGUGUUAUCUCUCAUUUCUUUUUAUAAUUAUUAUAUUCAGAUCGGACUUAUACAUACCUCAACUGACUUUAUGAAGUACAUGUUACCUUCUAUGACUUUAUGAAGUACAUGUUACCUCCUACCUCCUACGUGUCAACACCCCUCACUCUCCGUUUUGGGGCUGGGGUAAGGGGUGGGGGAUGGAAGGAGAAGGACGUGAAGAACUAUGUUUUAUGUGGUCCCUUUUAAUAUAAAAGAAAAAAAAUGGAAAUGCACACUUUUUUUUUCUUCCCCUAUACACAUGGUGGUGAUGUGUUAUAAAUUGCAAAUUAGUACAUUGAGAUCGUGAGAUGUAUAAUUAAUAUAUUUCAUGGAGUCAGAAAAUGCACGUGGCCAGCAGAAAAAUCCUCCACCAUCUCUGGAGACUUUUGUCAAUAUAAAGAACUUGUCUAAGAAUAUCUUUCUAAAAAAAAUUAAAGAAGCUAAAUUAGGGGACCAGUUCCUCUCCAAGAAUCCUGUUCGUAUUCACUGAAUACGACCAUAUAUAUGUAAUUAUUUAUACAAAAGUGUCUACUUAUGUUUUUAAAUACUGAAGAGAAGACAAGUUCAUUUCCUCA